GUAAAACAUUAAUUACGUAUUCAACAAAUUUAUCUGAAUUUUGAGUCUCGCCCAGAAAUUUCUGAACUUUCCACCACCAGACAACUACUAUCCUAUUCUCUGUCGAAUGAUUGUCUGAAUUCCAGCUUUCCCAGAAUUCGUGGGUAUGGGCGACAAUCCCAUCGAAGACGACCGAAAGGAUGAACACGUCGUCAAAAUCUGGCAAGUCAACAAGGAGCGAUUGACUCGGAUGCAGCAAAAAAUCGCCGACACGCCAAGAAUCCUGAGUCGAUCUGCCGGCAAGAGCUCUUGCUGCAUCUUCAAGGUUCCUCAGAGCCUGAUCGACAUCAACGGGCGCUGCUAUCAGCCGCACAUAGUCUCCGUCGGGCCAUUCCACCACGGCGACCCCCGCCUCAGGAUGAUCGAAGAGCACAAGUGGAGAUUCUUGGGCACUCUGUUGAAGCGAACGCAGCAGGCAGACAAAGGGUUGAGCUUGGAGGAUUUCUUGCGAGCAGCUCAGCCGCUGGAAGCCGAAGCUAGGGAGUGCUACUCGGCGACUAUCCAUUUUUCCGGCGACGAGUUCAUCGAGAUGUUGGUUCUUGAUGGGUGUUUCGUGAUCGAGCUGUUCAGGAAAUUCGGAGGGGUUGUCCCGUUUGAAGCUGAUGAUCCUCUGCUCUCGAUGUCAUGGGUCUACUCCUUUUUCUUGAGGGAUCUGAUCCGGCUCGAAAAUCAGAUCCCCUUUUUCGUCCUGCAAUGCUUGUUUGACCUAACCCGAAUGCCGGGUGAAGAAUCGGGUCCCUCUCUAUCCAAUUUGACAUUGAAAUUCUUCAAUAACGCCCUCCAAAGAUCCGACGAAUUCGUGAACAAAUUCCAAAACCCAACACCCAAGCACCUCCUCGACUUGCUCCGGACGAGUUUCAUCCCCGACGGGUACGAGGAGCCCACCCAGAGCAAAUACACAAACACCCACGUAAUCCAAUGCAUCUCCAAGCUCCGGCGGGCUGGAAUCAGAUUAAAACCCGGAUCAGAAGAAAGCUUCUUAGUAAUAAAAUUCAGUCGGGGUGUGAUGGAAAUGCCGACGAUAACCAUCGACGAUUUCAUGAGCUCGUUCUUGCUCAACUGCGUGGCUUACGAGCAAUGCCACAGGGACUGCUCCAAGCAUAUGACCACGUACGCGACAUUGUUGGACUGUUUGAUCAACACCGCCAAGGAUGUGGAGUAUCUGUGUGAUAGGAACAUUAUAGAGAAUUAUUUCGGGGCGGAUGCCGAGGUUGCGAGGUUCAUAAACAAUAUGGGAAAGGACGUGUCGUUCGACAUCGACAUGUGUUAUCUGUCGGAGCUGUUCAAUGAGGUGAAUCACUAUUACAGGAACCAUUGGCAUGUCCAUUGGGCGAGCUUCAAGUACACUUAUUUCAACACGCCGUGGUCUUUCAUCUCGGCGUUGGCUGCUUUUGUUCUGCUGGCUCUGACGGUGGCUCAGACGCUUUUCACUAUUAUAGCUUAUGUUCGUCCGCCGUAGGUUUGGAGUUGAGUGUUGUGUUUUUUGUUGGAUCAUUUGUUGUGCGAGUGAAUAGUGAUGGCCCAAUUAGUACACGGGUUAGAGUUCUUGGAUGUUUGGAGGGAUUCUUUGAUCAUGGAAAUGUUGGGAAUGUGAAUCUUUGUAUAUUACUUGCCA